AUGACGAGCGCGGGCUAUAACUUAUACCUGCAACAAGGUGCUGGAAAUUAUGAAGACAGCAAAGAAAGCGAGCUCUCGCAACAAAGUGAAGAUUCUCCGAAAACAGCCAAGAAACGAAUUCUUCUCAAGAAGGAGACAGCUCUCUUAAAUCCUUGGUCGCUUAUUCUAGACGAGACAGAACAAUGUCACGGGGACCAGUUCAACGCAUUGAUUCACGAGUACGAAGGGAACGGUGAUUCAGAAAAUGUGGCCCGCGUGAAAGCCGAGAACGCUCUUGAUCCUGUUUACGGGAAAGAACUAAGAAAAGUACUGUAA